AUGCGCGCCUCCAGGAAGGCCAAGGGCCAGCACCAUGCAUGGCCCUGUCCCGAUUUCGAAGUCGAGUGGGAGGGGGUAGACAAGGUCACUCGCGGCUGGUACAUGCAACGCGCUCAGGAUUUGGCGUUAUCGGAUUUGCAGCCAAGACCGGAUUUCGACUACGAGGGGAUCCUGAAACCCGUUUACAAGAAGUGCUAUGCCGACAUGGAGAUGCCGACAUGGAGCAGAAUGAAGUGA